AUGAAUAUGCAGCGGCCGCCGCCGCCCUCCCUGCAGUCCUCCCCCCCACGAGCUGCGGCCGCCGCCUCCACCAUGCAGGCCCCGGGGGGUUCCUUCUGGGCGGGGGAGGAGAUCCUGGGGUCUCCCGGCGGGGAGUCCAGGCCUGGCAGCCCCCCAGGGGACGGGACCCUGAGAGGGCCCGGGUGGACGGGCUCACAGCCCAGCCCCUGCCCUGCCCGCAGGCACCCGGUGCUGCGACCCCCAGGACGAGUGCGCGUGUGCCCAGCCGUCUGUCCGUCAGGCUUAGUCUCCACGGGCACCCGCAAGCCCGUCGGUGUGGUCAGCCCAAGCGAGUGGACGGGGCGGGCGGGUGACCGGACCCCAGACCCUGUCCCCUCAGGCCCCACCCACUGGAAGGAGAUGGCCCCUGCCUGUGGGGGUCCAUCGCAGUCCCCCAUCAACAUCAAUCUUCACCAAGUCCAGCGGGACCCCACUCUUGGACCCUUCAUCUUCCAAGGCUACGACUCAGCACCCCCAGGUCUGUGGACCCUGGAGAAUGAUGGCCACACAGUGCUCCUCUGCCUGGACGCCGGCCCGCAGAGCCUCCUGGGGGUGCGGGGCGCCGGGCUGCCCCCGCCCGCCUACCGCACGCUGCAGUUGCACUUCCACUGGGGGGGCUCCGAGCACAGCCUGGACGGGCGGCGCUGCACCAUGGAGAUGCAUGCGGUGCUGGCCGUGCUGCUGGCGGAGCAGGAUGCUGACAACCCCAACUUCUCGGCCCUCGUGUCCGGCCUGAAGAAUGUGUCCUGGCCGGGGGUCUCCGCAGAUCUGGCUGCCACCUUCCCGCUGGCCUCGCUGCUGCCCGGCGUCUCCAGCCUGUCACACUACUUCCGCUACUCGGGGUCGCUGACCACCCCCGGCUGCGAGCCCGCCGUGCUCUGGACCGUCUUCGAAGACCCGGUGCCCAUCGGGCGUGCCCAGGUGGCCCAGUUCCGGACGGUGCCCUAGGCCGGACCCCCAGUCACGGGUAACAUCCGCCCACAGCAGCUGCUUGCGGGGCGCAGGGUCUCAGCGUCCCCCAGUGCCUCCAUCCACGCUGCAGCCAUUCCUUCUGCCUGCACCCAGGCCAGCACUUGGGGGGCCCUGCUGGGCCUGGGCCUUGGCCUGUGGCUCUGGGGGCGCCUCUAA